AUGGACAAGACUGCAGUGUUUUGGGAUAUUAGGACUUGUGAUGUUCCUGAUGGUGUCGAUAUUGGUUCGAAUAUAAGAUCGGCCCUUUCGAAUACGAAGUAUUUUGGUCUAAUCUCGUUUUUCCCUUAUGGCGAUACGAUUAGUAUGAAGGAGGAAAUUGUUGAUGACAUUAGUCGCACCGGAUUCAUGCUCCAACAAGUUAAAGGCGAAGGAGAUAGAUUCCACGCUUUUGGUGCGAUUACAGUGGCCAUGGCCCGGCAAAUAUAG